UCUUUCCAGCCAGCGCCGGGCAAUGGGCAUCUCUCGGGACAACUGGCACAAGCGCCGCAAGACCGGGGGCAAGAGAAAGCCCUACCACAAGAAGAGGAAGUAUGAGCUGGGACGCCCUGCUGCCAACACUAAGAUUGGCCCCCGCCGCAUACACACUGUCCGUGUGCGGGGAGGCAACAAGAAGUACCGUGCCUUGAGGCUGGAUGUGGGAAACUUCUCCUGGGGCUCCGAGUGUUGUACACGCAAAACAAGGAUCAUAGAUGUUGUCUACAACGCAUCCAACAAUGAACUGGUCCGCACCAAGACCUUGGUGAAGAACUGCAUCGUGCUUGUUGACAGCACACCAUACCGACAGUGGUACGAGUCCCACUAUGCACUGCCCCUGGGCCGCAAGAAGGGUGCCAAACUGACUCCUGAGGAGGAAGAGAUUUUAAACAAGAAGAGAUCAAAGAAAAUUCAGAAGAAAUACGAUGAAAGGAAAAAGAAUGCCAAAAUCAGCAGUCUUCUGGAGGAGCAGUUCCAGCAGGGCAAGCUGCUUGCAUGCAUUGCUUCAAGACCAGGCCAGUGUGGCCGAGCAGAUGGCUACGUGCUUGAGGGCAAGGAGCUGGAGUUCUAUCUGAGGAAAAUCAAGGCCUGAAAAGGCAAAUAAGUUCUCUUCCUGUCCUAGCUCAUGUAAUAAAGGGUCUGUUGUUCUAAAAAAAAAAAAAAAAGAA